UAUCUUUUUUUUCUCUCACGUUAUGUUUUAGACACUACCAUUAAUAGUGGCCAAUUAAAAAAAACUGUUGACGACAUGGCAGUGUCCAUCAGAGAAAAACAGAUUGCUGCUUUGAAGCGAAUGCUGAAUCUGAAUGCAGUUCCGACAAAAGCUUCACUUGCAGAACCAGCAUGGAAGGUGCUUGUAUAUGAUCGCUUUGGCCAAGAUGUUAUAUCUCCUCUUUUGUCAGUAAAGGAGCUCAGAGAUAUGGGAGUAACACUUCACUUGUUACUACAUUCUGAUCGAGAUCCUAUACCAGAUGUGCCGGCUGUGUAUUUCGUCCUACCUACAGAAGAAAAUGUUCAAAGAAUAUGUCAGGACUUCCAGAAUCAGACUUAUGUAACAUACUACUUGAAUUUCAUCUCAGCAAUUUCUCGCCAGAGACUAGAAGACCUUGCCAGUGCUGCCCUUCAGUGUAAUGCAGUUAGUCUUAUAUCUAAGGUUUUCGACCAGUAUUUGAAUUUUAUCACCUUGGAAGACCACUUCUUCACAGUCAGACAUCAAAACAGAGAUUCAAUAUCAUACCAUGCUAUCAAUCGAAGUGAUGUUAAAGACACAGAAAUGGAUACCAUCAUGGAUACCAUUGUUGAUAGCCUCUUUUCAUUCUUCGUUACCAUGGGAACAGUGCCUAUCAUCAGGUCUGCGAAGGGAAAUGCAGCAGAGAUGGUCGCAGAGAAACUUGACAAGAAGCUCAGAGAGAAUCUGCGUGAUGCAAGGAAUAGUCUUUUUACAACAGAUAGUGUUCAAUCAGGUCAGAUCAGUUUUCAGCGCCCUCUCUUAGUGAUCUUAGAUAGGAACAUGGAUAUGGCCACACCUCUCCAUCAUACAUGGACAUACCAGGCAUUGUCACAUGAUGUACUGGAUUUGCAACUGAAUAGAGUGACAUUAGAAGAGACUGUACCAAUCAGUAGUCCAGGUGGAGGGCCAGGAAGAACCAGGAAAAAGGUCAAGUCUUAUGAUCUCUCCUGCACAGACAAGUUCUGGAUAGGACAAAAGGGAAAUCCAUUCCCUGAAGUAGCUGAGGCAGUGCAGAAUGAGUUAGAUAUUUACAGGGCUUCUGAAGAUGAAGUGAAGAAACUCAAAUCAGCUAUGGGACUUGAAGGGGAAGAUGAGGAAGCAAUUAGUAUGCUCUCAGACACGACAGCUAGAUUAACUUCUGCAGUAAGCUCUCUUCCAGAAUUGCUUGAGAAGAAAAGACACAUUGACAUGCACAUGAAUAUUGCCACUGCUCUUCUUGAUCAUAUAAAGGCCAGGAAACUGGAUGUGUACUUUGAACUUGAAGAAAAGCUGAUGAGCAAACAGUUGUUAGAUAAAUCUUUGAUGGAUGUGAUCUCAGAUCCUGAUGCUGGCUUACCAGAAGAUAAGAUGAGACUUUUCAUUAUAUUCUACAUUUGCUCUCCAUCAGUACCAGAGUCGGAAGUUGAGCAAUACAGAACAGCAUUAGAAGCAGCUGGCUGUAAUCUAGCACCAUUGGAUUACAUCAAGAGAUGGAAAGCUUUCAGUAAGAUGGCUGCUCCACCUAGCCAGUAUGGAGGUGGAGGAACAAAGACGGUAGGAAUGUUCUCUAAACUCAUGAGCACAGGAUCCAACUUUGUCAUGGAAGGUGUCAAGAACUUCGUGGUCAAGAAACAUAACCUUCCUGUUACGAGGGUUGUGGAUUCUCUAAUGGAGCUGAAAUCAAAUACAGAAACAGAUGAUUACAGAUAUUUUGACCCUAAACUUCUAAGAAUGACUGACAGCUCUUCCAUCCCUCGGACCAAGACCCCAUACCAAGAAGCCAUUGUGUUUGUAGUUGGAGGAGGAAAUUAUAUAGAAUACCAGAAUCUAUUAGACUAUGUCAAGAGUAAAUCAAGCACCGGAAGCGGAGGCAAGAAGAUAACGUAUGGCUGCAGUGAAGUGCUAAAUUCUGCACAGUUUAUGAAACAGAUCACUUUACUUGGAGAGGAGCAUUGAAAGAGAUGUGUACCUUCAAAGUUUCAUUCAUAUGGAUGAUGUAAUGAAGACAACAACAGACAUUGUGAAUUUAAGAUAUUUAUUGGAAAUUUUAUGCAUUCUUGCAAUUACAAUUUAAAGGCAAUAUGCCACAGCGGCUUUACCAGCACCAGUCAGAGUCCUUAACUACUGAUAUUUUUCCUGUAUAUCCAGGGUGUAGCGUUUGGAUCAUGAAGUUAGAAAUCUUUUGAUAUUAACAAUGAGAGCUAUGAAUAGUUUACUGCUACUCUAUACCAUCUUAGACCAGAAUAUCUGCAGAGAAACGAAAUGCUUACAGGGCAAUUCCAUUAAAUAAUCAACCUUUUGUACAUUCAACCUCCAUUUUUCUCAAGUUUUACUUCACUUCAUAAACUGACCAAGUGAUGGUAAUUUGAGAGCAUUACAGACUGUCAAAAGAACCAGAAGUCAGAGACAGAAAAUUUUAUUAAGGUUUCACAUAUAUGGGGUCGGACAUGUAUAUUUUAUGGAAUCGCACUAUAGCAUGCUUCUAAGCAUUCCUGAAUUUCAACAAACUUAAGGCGAAAUGUACAUCAUUGAUUUAACCAAACUUUGUGAUAUCAGUGAUCGUCUUAUGUGAGGAUAUUAGCAUUGAUCUUCUAUCAGGAUCUAUACAGCUACAUGGAUAUACUCUGGUAUGAAUAUUCUUGAAUGCUAUUAAAAGGUAGCAUUCAAGAAUAUUCAUACCAGAGUAUAUCCAUGUAGCUGUAUAGAUCCUGAUUGGAGAUUGAUGCUAAUAUCCUCACAUAAAAGAAAUUCACUUAUUGCAGAUAGGCCUAUCCUGAUUCCUUUGCAACAUGCAGUUCAAUCUCAACUCAAGCAAAAAUGAAUUCUGACCAAUAUACAGUCAGUGUGCUUAUUUUCUGUUUAAAUUCUUGUGUAUAGGUUCAUUUUGUUCUCUAAUUGUAUGCCACCUGUUUAUUUUACAAAUUGUGAAGUAAGAUACUAUGUUUAAUCCAAUUCUUGUUGGGAUCUCGAAGAAAAUAUUGCAUGCUAUUAUCGUAUUCAGUAUACUCAGUGCACAUGAUCCGUUACACUUUUUGAACUGCAUAGAUUUUGUAUGAAUGAUUUUACCUCUCUGUGGUAAUCAUAAAGUAAAGUAGAAGUAUUACCACAAUACUUGAAUUGCAGGUUUUAACAAGUUUACCCAUAUAUAGAUCACCUGUUCAUCAUUUUGUGUAUAUAAGAUUGUCCAGUUACAAUAAACCCAUAAUGCUUGAACAAUAGGAAUUACUGCAUUUGAUAUUCUCAGGAUUCUCAUUUGAAUUUGAAAAGGAGCCUCCAUCGGCAGAUACCUCUUCAUAUGUUGAUCAAGUUGCCAAAGAACCCUAGUAGCUGAAUUUGUUUGGAAUUGGCAGUUCAGACAUUUUAGCAGUGGCUCAUGGGGGGAGGAGGGGGGGACAGGCUGUUUUGUUAUGUGAUAAUGUAUUUAUUGGAGGCUAUUGCAAUUUACCCCUUCUAAAUUUAUGAAAUACUGGCUAUACUACCCAAUAAUGGAUGACUGCAGCUUUAACCUAUGCCAUCUUAUCAUUCAUGAAAUUAAUGCUUGCUUAAAUGAUUUAUGAAAUGUUUGUGAUCUAUUUAUUAUUUUUUAUAUGAAAUAACCUCUUGCAUUUUGCUCUCAUUAUUAAUGUUUGAACCAAUUAGUACCAAUAUAGUUGAUAAUAAUUUAUUCAAUAAUUUAUUUUUCCAUAGAAGUUUAACUGAUCAUCGACCCAAUAUUUUUAAAGAAAAUUAAGCAAAUGGAAGUUCUCUACCCCAAUAAAAGCAAUGUAGAUAAAUUCAUUAUCUAAUAAUCAUCUGUAGCAAUGAAAUUGAACUUUGUCCCCACUUGGUUGAUAGCAUAUCAUUAACAUGUUAACGUGACAUAGAACAUGUGAAUGGUUCACCUUUGUUCACAUGGUUAUAUGUUAUUGUAAGUUUUUUUUUUCAUGUCAAUCACAUUCCAUUGACAAGUUCAAGAUUCAAGCCUUUGUACACAGUUUGAUUUUUAUUUGAUACAAAUUUUCAAUAGAGCCUAGCCCAAGUUGUCUUGGGCAUAGGGCACAUGGAGUUAAAAAAAGAAGACAGUCGAGCUUGCUUAAAUCACCCUCAUAUAAGGUAAACUUUGGCAUAGUUUUGUUGUGUUUGUUUUUUAAGAGUUUGAUUUGAAAGUUCAAGUUAUAAACAUAAGUCCCUGCAUGAAAACCAGGGUCAUCAUAAUGCAAAGGUUUGUGAUUAAUCAUAAGAUGGAAAUGGCUGAUAAAGAGACAAUUGCUCCAUGUGCAUUACAAA